CCCUCAGGGGCCCCAGAAAGAGAAGCCUGGCAGGGCUCGACCUACAUUUGAACCCUUUUGUUUACCACACGACCUUUGGACGGUUGACUACGGUAUCCUGCAACACGGUAUCCUGCAAUACAUUCAGGCAUUGGCACUACGUACAGCUACGAGAGGACCAACUGAAGAUAAUGGCACAAUCAAAUGGUAACAAGGAGUCGGCCGAAGAUGACAACCUCUGUCAGAUGUUAGCAGACCUGAAAGUGAGGACAUCGGCUUUAGAGGUCCAGGGGGCUGAGCGGGAUUCCAUGACUAAAACGACCGCAGAGUUGCUGAAGGCGUAUGACGAUAACUUGUUAAAACUGACGUGUGGUCCGGUCAUGAGGACGGACAGGGAAAGUUCUGAAGUUAUGGAUGAAAUCAGUGAAAAUCCAGUUGACUUUGAUUUGGUAGUAAAGGACUUCAAAGACCGUUUGGUAAGUGCCGGAGUCAACAAUGGUCAUCCCACCUUCUUUGGGUUUAUCAACGCCGGCGGUGGAACAUACCCCGCAUCGCUGGGCGCCUUCGUUCCUGCAGCUUUAGCAACAUACUCAGGGGCUCAUUUGGGGAAUGCAGAAGCGGUCCAGAUGGAAAACAGGCUGAUCAAAUGGGUGGCAGACCUGUUCGGCUACCCCGCAGGGCAUGCUGGGAACAUUUCAUCAGGAGGUUCUCUCGCCACUCUCACGACGUUAGCUGUCGCACGGGACAGCAGGGAGCUGAAGGCAGCAGACUUUCACAGAUGUGUGGUUUAUUGUAGCGAGUUCACCCAUUAUGCUGUGCAGAAGGGACUUCGGGCCGUUGGUAUGCGGGAAGCCAUUCUGAGGAACACUCCAGUGGACAAGGCGUUAAAGAUGACAGCAGCGGCUCUUGAAAGGCAGAUCAAUGAAGAUAAAGAAGCCGGUUUGCUGCCCUUCCUGGUGGUAGCAACUGUGGGCACCACGCUGACCGGAAGUGUGGAUCCAGUGAACGACAUCGCCGAUGUGUGUGACCGUCACCAACUCUGGCUGCACGUUGAUGCCGCGUAUGGAGGCUUCUUCGCUCUGUGUGACGAGAUGAAACAGUUGUUUUCUGGUGUGGAGCGGAGCGAUUCAAUCGUGGUUAAUCCACACAAAGGACUAUUCACAUCUGGCGGUGUCGGAGUUCUUGUGGUGAAAGAAGGAGAGAAGCUCCAACAGUGCUGCUCCUUGGAGCAAACAUUCAACUUCUUUAAAGGACACUCGAUAUUUUCUGCUGAGAAUGUGUCUCCGUCCGAACUUUCCUUCGAAUUGACCAGGCCAUUCAGAGGUGCUCAGAUGUGGCUUCCGCUGAAAGUGUUUGGCGUCGGCGUUUUCCGCACGGCCCUGGAAGAGAAACUCCUGCUGGCACGUUACUUCCACAGAAAGCUAAAAGAAACAGGUGAGUUUGAGCUGCCACUGGAGCCGGAGUUGUCCGUGGUCGUGUUUCGUGCUACAGUGCCACCUGGCGUCGACAUCAACAACUUCAACCAGCAGCUACUGGACGACCUGAUUUCUGAUGGGAAAAUCUUCAUUACUCCUGCUGUAUUCAGCGAUCAGUAUUACCUACGUGUCUGUGUUCUGUGCUUUAAGACACACAUUGAGCAUAUAGAUAUGUGCUUCUCUUUGAUCGUAGAGAAACGCGGUCAUCUUUGGAAGUCGUCUCGUUGAUGCCCAUGGCAAAAUAAUUGCACAAACAUACUGGUUUAGACGGGGCAUAUAUGUCUGCGUUGUUUUAGCCCUUUUCCUUUCAUCGUGACUGAGAUUGGAUAACUACAUUUGUAUGCUAAUUGUAUCAAACAACCGAUAGUAGGCACAUUCAAGUCUGUAUUCCUAUGUGAUAAUAUAUACUUGUAGAAAUGAUAUAAUCCCGAUGAAUUGGCAACUCUCAGAUCGAUACCAGACCAUAUGGCUGAAGAAUCAAAAGUAAAACUAUAUUAUUUGGACCUU